AUGGCGCCGCAAAUAUGGCGGUCGCUCGCCUUCUUACUGGUAGCUGCCUCAUUCACCCUAGCUAAAUACGCAGAAUUAGAGUCAUGGCGAGGUGGGGGAAGACCAGUGACGGCUGCGCAGGAGGCGGAGGACGAGCGACACGACGCGGAGCUCCUUGCCGCCGUGCGAGCCUCCGUAAAGCAGUGGGAGGUUAAAAAAUCGCGCACCAGGACUAAGAGGUCACAAGGAAGUGUUUGUUAUGGAGAAUUCGGUUGUUUUGAAGAUUCUGGCCCUUUCGCAUACUUAGAGACCCUGCCAAGCCCUCCGUCGGAGGUUGGCACGCAUUUUCUUCUCUACUCUACAACUAACAGAGGAGACCAGCCGCUUAUAGCAGUGCCGGCUAGCAACAUGUCUGCCGCGUGGAGUUGGGCGGCGCGCGCCUUCGACACGGCGCGUCCCACGCGUGUCAUCGUGCACGGCUUCGGAUCCAACUGUGAUAACGUGUGGGUGUACGAGAUGCGCUCCGCUUUAAUGGCAGUGGAAGAAUGCAAUGUAAUUUGCGUAGAUUGGGAAGGUGGUGCGUCUAUGCCAAAUUACCUUCGAGCAGCAGCUAACACUAGACUUGUGGGUAAACAGUUGGCAAUGCUGCUACAAGGUUUGACUCAGCAUAUAGAUUUGCGAUUCGAGGACGUACAUUUAAUUGGAUUUAGCUUGGGAGCACAUGUCGCUGGCUUCACUGGUUCUGAACUGAGAAACAUAAGUCGUAUCACAGGUUUAGAUCCAGCUGGGCCUCUGUUUGAAUUCCAAGACUUCAGAGCGCGAUUAGAUAAAUCGGAUGCCAAAUUCGUAGAUGUCAUCCACUCUAACGGGGAAACGCUAAUCCUUGGCGGGCUGGGCGCUGCGCAACCACUUGGGCACGUCGAUUUCUACCCGAAUGGCGGCCGCGUGCAACAUGGCUGUUCCAAUCUGUUUGUCGGUGCGGUAUCCGAUCUCGUGUUGCCGUGGGCCGGCGCGUCGCCGGAAGGACGGUCGUUGUGCAAUCAUCGUCGCGCUUACAAGUUCUUUACUGAUUCCGUUUCACCUAAAUGUCAUUUUCCAGCAUUUCCUUGUUCAGAUUAUGACACAUUCUUGGAGGGUCGAUGUUUCCCUUGUGAUGGAGACCGUCGUUGCGGCAAUAUGGGAUACUACGCCGACCGCUCUCUCGGUCGCGGGCAAUUGUAUCUCCUUACUAGAGAAGAAGAACCUUUUUGUGCUCAUCAAUACCACGUAGCGUUGUGGGGCGCCAGUGAAACAAAUCAAAAGCAGAAUUAUGGUCGUAUAACGCUUACUUUACAGGGGGAUUCAGGAUUAAAUGAAUCUUUUCCCAUGACCAAGCGUGAAGACAGUGAACACGGAAUCAGAUUCGGCCGCGUGCUAGUGCCACACCCCGCACUGGGCGUGCCGCUGCGUGCUUCGGUACACUAUGCGGCUUAUAACGGAUGGCUCAGCGCCGGCGUACGGUCCGUCAUCAUACACAAGUUGCUCAUCACUGAUAGCUUCGGGAAAACGUCAUCUUUCUGCAAAAAUUUACGACUCUUGUCAGAUGAGUCAGCCCAGCUACCCCUGCAGCCAGGAGACUGUAAUAUUCAAGAGGUGGAAGAACCUUCGAACAGCACUAUACCCAUUAAGGAAGUUGUUCACGAAGAAACUGUACCCAGUGCGCCACCAGAUGACCCACAUGAUAAUGAACUACCUGAAGACACGCCCCAGAGACCUUUUGUACUCGCCGACUCUUAUGACUACGAAGAAACAGUCGACACAGGCAGAGCAUUUGGUAUGACGAAUACAAAAACCGCGCCCAGUGGAAUUGUAGAAAUCGCUGAACCUAUCCUACGUCCUCGACCUCGCAAAACUCCUCGGCAAAGAGCGGAUUCUCCCGAUGAAACUCGUGAGAUAUCAGAGCCGAUACUUCGCGCUACGCAACCACCGCGUACUACAACCACACCGUCUCCAUCCCGUAAGCCUAAAAAUUAUGACAUCUCCACAGCACCAAAUGAUGUACCUUGGGAUGAACGAGCGGAAAAAGAAGAGACAAGUUUUGCUGUGCAGUUUCUACCAGCUCGUCUUGCUUCCUUCAUCUCGAGAGCGGAACGUUACGCCCGAGACACUAUUUUGCCCUUGGUUUCUGCCUAUGCACCACGAUUACCUAUAUUUGGGUCACGAGAAGUCCCUAAAACUACGGCAAGAUUUAUACCUACGGAAGAAAUAAACGUGACCAAUACUGUACCUGUUCCUACGCCAACUUUAGAAAUGAAGAUAGAAUCUCUUAGGAUAAUGGGCCCGCCGGGAGAAAGACGUGAAUUCGAGACUCCUGAGGAACCUGAUAUACCAGUCGUUAUUUCUACAACAACUACUACAUCUACAACGACUCCUUCAACUACGACGACGACAACCACUACAACAACGACAACAACAAAGGAGCCCCUACGACCAGCGCCAGUUGAAAUGUUACAAGUAGUUGAAGGACCUGCAGUAUCCACGAGUACUGCGCUUCCACCGAUAGCCUUGCGCAGUAAAGGGGAAAAAAUAUUAAUUGUUUAUCCAAUUAAUGCUAGAGAUGAAAGAAAAAUCAAAUCGCACUCGAUCUCUGAAGAGAUGCAAUUCGAGGCACUGUACAGACAUACCGCAGAGCCUACGGGUGUUCGAGUGGACUUGCCCACCUUUACUCCACCAGUUUCCACCGAAAAUCCUUUUCCAUCCAGUCAUUCUACUUCUACAAUAAAAACAUCUGACCUUCAUUACAUGCCAGUUCCAACGAAUGAGGAAAAAAGAACAAACACAAACAAAAGG